AUGGUUACCGCCAGUCGCACAACUGCGCUGGCACAGCGCCGCAAGGCUGCUCGUGCCACCGGCAUCUCUCGUCCCGCUUUCAUGACCAUCCUUAUGGCCAUCCUCGCUCUCCUCACUUUCUCCGCUUUCAUGGCCCCUGGCUCUUCAGCUGGCGGCAUGGGUGUCUCCGCUGCUGCUGACAAGCGCAGCGAAUACGGAACUGUCAUUGGUAUCGAUCUCGGAACUACCUACUCGUGUGUUGGUGCUCAGGUCAACGGCCGCGUUGAAAUCAUCACCAACGACCAAGGUAACCGAAUCACCCCCUCGUACGUCGCCUUCGCUCCCGAGCGUCUUGUCGGAGACGCCGCCAAGAACCAGGCCGCCCAGAACCCCGAAAACACCAUCUUUGACGCCAAGCGUCUCAUUGGUCGCAAGUGGGGCGAGUCCGAUCUCAAGAAGGACGCCAGGCACCUUCCCUUCAAGCUCGUUGAGAAGAAGGGCAAACCCGCCAUUCAGGUUACCGUCAACGGUGAAAAGAAGGUCUUCACUCCUGAGGAGGUCUCUGCCAUGGUCCUUCAGAAGAUGAAGGAGACCGCCGAGGCCUACCUUGGUCACAAGGUCACCCACGCCGUUGUCACCGUCCCCGCUUACUUCAACGACGCUCAGCGACAGGCCACCAAGGACGCUGGUACCAUCGCCGGCCUUAACGUUCUCCGUAUCGUUAACGAGCCUACCGCUGCCGCUAUCGCUUACGGUCUUGACAAGAAGGAUGGCGAGUCUCAGAUCAUCGUCUACGAUCUUGGUGGAGGUACCUUCGAUGUUUCGCUCCUCUCGAUUGACUCUGGUGUCUUCGAGGUGCUUGCAACCGCUGGUGACACUCACCUUGGUGGUGAGGACUUUGACAACCGUGUUUCCGACUACAUUCUCAAGCAGUUCAAGAAGAAGACCGGUCUUGAUGCCUCCGUCAACAAACGAUCUGUCGGCAAGUUGAAGCGUGAGGUUGAGCGUGCCAAGCGUACUCUUUCGAGCCAAAUGUCGACCAAGAUCGAAAUCGACGGUUUCUUCGAGGGCAACGACCUUGACGAGACUCUUACCCGUGCUAAGUUCGAGGAGCUCAACAUGGACCUCUUCCGCAAGACCAUGAAGCCCGUCGAGCAGGUGCUCAAGGACGCCGGUGUCAAGAAGGAUGAGAUCGACGAUGUUGUUCUGGUCGGUGGUUCCACCCGUAUCCCCAAGGUCCAGGCCAUGCUCAAGGAGUACUUCGGUCGUGAGCCCUCCAAGGGUAUCAACCCCGAUGAGGCUGUUGCCUGGGGUGCCGCCGUCCAGGGUGGUGUUCUUGCCGGCGACGAGUCGCUCGGUGAUGUCGUCUUGAUCGACGUCAACCCUCUUACCCUUGGUAUUGAGACUAACGGUGGUGUCAUGACCAAGCUCAUCCCCCGUAACACUGUUGUCCCAACCAAGAAGUCGCAGAUCUUCUCGACUGCCGCCGACAACCAGAACACCGUCCUCAUCCAGGUCUUCGAGGGUGAGCGAUCCAUGACCAAGGACAACAACUUGCUCGGCAAGUUCGAGCUUACCGGCAUUCCUCCUGCUCCUCGUGGUACUCCUCAGAUCGAAGUCACUUUCGAGCUCGAUGCGAACGGAAUCAUGAAGGUUGCCGCAGCUGACAAGGGUACCGGCAAGUCCGAGUCGAUCACCAUCGAGAACGACAAGGGCCGUCUCACCACAGAGGAGAUUGAGCGCAUGGUCGCCGAGGCUGAAGAGUUCGCCGAGCAGGAUGAGGCUGUUCGUAAGCGCAUCGAGGCUCUCAACAACCUCCAGAACUUCAUCGCUUCGCUCCGAGGCCAGCUCAGCGACAAGGAGGGUCUAGGUGGUAAGCUCGACAAGGAGGACAAGGAAUCUAUCAAGCAGAGUCUCAAGGACGCUGAGGCAUGGCUCGACGAGAACAGCCAGACUGCUGAGGGCUCCGACAUUGAGGAGCAGCUCAGCGAGCUCCAGGCUGCCGUUGCUCCUAUCACUGCUAAGAUCUACCAGGGUGCUGGCGGUGCUGGCAGUGCUGGCAGUGCUGGUGGCGACGAUGAGCCCCUCAACUACGGCCACGACGAGCUCUAA